AUGACUGGAUCACACAAAGAAAAAAUUGAACAAUUUGUACAAAUGGUUAAUAAUCGUGAUGUUAAUCAUCUUGAUAAUGUUCUUGAUAAUAAUGUAGAAAAAAAAGAAAAUUCAAAAACGAUUUAUUCAAAUCUUCAAGAAGCUCGAGAAUUUUAUUCAAUAGAACAUGAAACUUUUCCAAAAUCUCAAUUUAAAAGUAUAGAAUUUAAAGAAGAUGAUUCAAACAAGAAUACAGCACAUGCUACUAUUACUUUCGGUAAUAAUAUACAUAAUAUUACAUACAUAUUUAAUUCAGAUGGAAAAAUUCAAAAUAUUGAUUCACAUCUUGAACAAAAAUCAGAAGAAUAA